AUGGCCUUGGGCUGCUGCCGGCGCAAGAGGUUCGGCUUCGAGGGAGGUGUUGAACAAGGCCUUCGCCACGGACAUGGCGUGUUGCGCCUGCAGAGCGGCACCGUCUACAUGGGUCAGUGGGAGUACGGCGUCCGAUCCGGGAGAGGCGAAUGGUCUCAUCCCACGAUCGGGCGCUAUGUCGGUGACUGGAAAGACAAUCAGAUGCACGGUGACGGGCUCUUAGAAGCAGCUAACGGUGCUCGCUAUACCGGCCAAUGGAGCGAAGGGCGCUUCCACGAGGAAGGUUAUCUUCAACUGGCCGAUGGGACGACUUUCGAAGGAAGCUGGCGAAAAGGCAGGCAGCAUGGCGCUGGCAAGCUGCAUCUUCCGGACGGCAAGACCUUCGAAGGCCAGUGGGUCAAGGGCGAAGUGGAGGGCAAAGGAACCCUCAGCUACGGUGAUGACCGCAAGAAGUACAAAGGCCAGUUCCGUGCAGCAAAGCCUCACGGCUUCGGGUCCAUUGUUUAUGCAGAUGGAUUGUCCUACGAGGGACAGUGGCAGUACGGCAAGCCAGCCGGCAAAGGCAAGUGGUGCACCAAGGAGUCUGAGGGGCGAGAGCUGACCCCCGUCUCCUCCGUGCGGCCGUCCCCACGAGAGCUGCAAGGGGUGCUGGGCACAGGCCCCAGCUGGGAGGAGAGCACAGAUGCAUCCAGCUUCCGGGGCGUUCAGGAGUUGCAGGCUGAGGAGGACCAGGGGGCCGAGGAAGUCGCGGUAAAGGCAGAGUGCUCGGGUGCCCGGGCAGAGCAGUCAAAGCCCAGCAAGUUCGAGUUGCUGGAUGCAGAGCUUUCGGCAGAGGCAGAGGCAUCAAGCUCCUCACUGCCUCGACAGCCCCAAGCCCGGCCUGGUUUACCCAAGUCUCCAGAGGAGCCAGGUUUGCGCUCGGAUGCUGUGCAGCUUGGCAUCUCCCAGCAGGUCCUGGAUCCCUUCGCGCGUCGCCGUGGGAAGUCGCAAAAGCCUGGGUGCUCUGCCAGCGACCCAACAGUUCUUGAGUGCAGGGCAAAGAAGAUCAUGUCGUCAAACGGUCCGGAGGUCCUGUGGGAGGUCUCGCGGCCCAGCUGUCCCAUCCGAGCUGAGCCUCACUUCAAUGCUGAGGUUCUGCGAUGGAAACGGCAAGGUGACCGUGUGAGCUGCAUCGAGAUGACCAUGGACGGUUGGCUGAAGAUCGCCGAUGACAGGGGAUGGAUGAUCUCGGACAUGCAGGGCCUCCACGGAAUCGGGGAGGUUCUGAGUCCCAAGCGUGGCGAGGACGUCAAGCUUGCGGUUGAGGAGCCUCACUCUCAAGGUGUCUGCUGCCUGGAAAUUGUUUACGCACAGGUGGCAGUCCGCGCCUCACCCAGCCGAGAUGCUGUGGCUUUGUACUACAGGCGCAAAGGCGAGCUGGUUUUUGCUCGCUCGCAGAACUUUGGCGGCUGGCUGCGCUUAGCCGGCGAAGAGGGCUGGAUGUUGGCCCAUGCGCCUGAGCAUGGAACUUUGCUUCGAGUGCGCGAGGUCACCGCCAACGCAGACCUUUGGUCCCUGUCCGAUCUUUGGGCGGCUGUCAGACGCAAGCGAAGAAUGCUGAGCCCAACAGAUGUGCGGUCGCUCAAGGAUGCUGAAGAAGGAACACUUCUCAUGGCAGACAUGGACUAUGAGCACCAUGUCAAGACUGGCAACGCGGAAUGCCUUGUAGAGGAUGGACUUCUGCUGAAGGAAGACCUCAAGAAGCCAGACGACUGGAUCCGCCAACGACUGUUUGCUUACUCCUUGCUCCGCAUGGCCAAAGAGGAGCCCCCCCUGAACGAGCUUUGUCCGGGAGACUUCAAGCUGACCCCAAGGCCUCCCCCCAUGGACCUCUUCAAAAAGAUCACCUUGGAGGAGGUUCAAGGAGAGCCAAAGCACAGCAACUUCAGCAAUGAUCGAGAGGAGAAAUAUAGCUCUGCCAAGUUUGGCAAUGGUAGCUCUGGUGGCUACGGCUUUGGCCAUGGCGGGCACAGCAACGGACGAGGCGCGGCCAACAGUGGGCCUGGCUCCUUCAAGCAGCACGAUUUCUUUUUGGGCGGCCAUCGCGACAAAGGUCCACCGAAUCGAGGUCGCGGCGGAAGGGGGAGUGCCCGACCGACAGCAGGUGAGCCCUCGAGUUACAGGGCUUGGUGUAAACCAGGUCAUCUGGUUCUUGAUUUCCAAACACCUCGAGCUAAUCAGUGCCCAUGCUCAGCCUGUCCAGCCUAG